ACAGUGAAAAUAAUUAAUCUUCUCUGGUUGGUUUCGGCCAGAUCUUCCGUUUACCCAAAAAGACUAGUCCUGUCUAGUGUGUUAUUAUCAAUUAGUUGAAGCGACGAAGUUACUGGAACGACUUAGUGAAACUUAUUGCGUUGAGUUUUUUCUCCCAAGCAAAGGUUUGUUGAUAAAGAAGCCGGAUAAGAAUUCAGUAUAUUAUUUAAUUUAUUCCUAACAACUAGACUAGUCUAAUUCCUGGCUUAAUUACUUAAUUUACCUUUUACUUUUACUACUUAACCUUUACUUUUAGACGAAGAGUUUCUCGCCUAAAUUAAAAAGUUUUAAGUCAGAUUAGUCAUUUAUCGACGACGUCUUUUACUUGUAGUAAAUAUGGAUCUUUUUAGAAAUUAGACACCAGUGACAGUCAGUGACAGUGACUUUAUCACUUUAUCAUUAAAUUAAAUAAAUUCAAGGCCUAGCACUACUAAAACUAACUUAGACUAACUACUAUUACUAUAGACAGAGUCAUUAUAUUUAUGACUGGCUAGCUAGGGGCAGUGGCAUAGCCAUAUCGAGGCAUGGUGCUGUCUUGGGUGGACUGUUGGUUUGCCCCACCCCACCCAAAAACAGUGCUUUUGGCAAGUGAAACCUGGAAAUAAUUAACCAUAAAAUAACGCUGUUCAUGGUCUAUGCACUAACUCGUCCCAAACCUUAUUAUUUUUUAACAGGAGAUGAACCUGCAAAUAGCAACAAAUUUGCUUAACUCUCAAGGAUUUGAAUUUGAGUUAUAUCCAAUAUUCACUGUUCAUAGUAAAAGUAAAAUUAAAAUCUUUAUUUUUUAAAAGUUCUUCACUAGUAUUUUCAUUUUUAAAGUUGAUAAUAUGACAUACAGGCACUUAAUAUCACAAAAAACCAACAACAUAUAACAUGGCUGAGUGGCUAAAGAAGAGGUUGUCAAUUAUGGCUUGUGAAUAAUUUUUAAAAAAUGCAAUCAUUUAGGGGUAUUGGGUUCCACGUUUGAUUACAUCUUUAUAUUAUUGUCAUCAUUAAUACUAAAUUGACUACAUGUUCAUUUUUUAGUCUACGGGCUCAAGGAGCCCCAGCCCUGGAUGUACUACAAUCACUAUCUAUGGAGAAUAAAUUGACAGCUAUGUGUCCCUAUGUUGAUUGUACCUACAGCCAAAAACCCCUUUUUUGACCAUGCAUCAUACGAAUGAAAAAUGAGAUUGCCAGCAAUUUUAAAGGUCAUAAUUUCAGUGGGGCAUUAACUAUAAGACCAAACAAAACCAUGUUUUUGGGCAACAAUUUCUGAGGGGUGGCAUAAAAUAAAAUCAUUAUUAAAAAGAUUUCUUGAUCUAAGACUUAGACUAAAAAUAAACUGUACUUACAAUUAUAUGCAUAAAAUCACAAUGGCUGCAUUUAAAAAUAACCUGUAAGUGUAUCUUUAUUAAAUGUCUGCUUAUCCCAGAUCCUAACUUCUGGAAGUUGUAUUUCUCCUUAUGUUAAAAGUCUUAAUAUAUGUGAAAAUUGAUUUUAAUUGUUUGUGUGUGUUAGUGUAGGUCUAAAUUACUCCAGCUGCUACUUCUGCCUACAUUGACCUUUUUAUUUCAUGUCACCCCUGGUCAUCAAAAGAAAAUGGAUCGCAAAUACCAUUUAUGGACUAAUCCAUCCCCCCCCCCCACUCCUAGCUCAUGGCUUGUUUUGUUCCACUUAACUCAUUUUUUUCUUUAGUGUAGGUCUAAAUUACUCCAGCUGCUACUUCUGCCUACAUUGACCUUUUUAUUUCAUGUCACCCCUGGUCAUAAAAAGAAAAUGGAUCGCAAAUACCAUUUAUGGACUAAUCCAUCCCCCCCCCCCCACUCCUAGCUCAUGGCUUGUUUUGUUCCACUUAACUCAUUUUUUUCCUCCUAAUAUUUCUGUUUAAUUGGGUAGAAUAAUUAGGCUAAAAACACUGUGUAGAACUGAGCCAAUUUUUUCCGAGUUCCAGUAUCUCACAUGUGUAGUGAUUGAUGGUAAAAUAAAAUUAUGCCUUGCAUCUUCAAAUCCCUUUCUUUACAUUUGGUUUUUCCGAAAAUGCCACUCAUUCCGACGUAGAAAAAAAAAAAGUGUUGCCAAGGCGGACCCCUCCUUCCUUUCUUUGAACUUGCCAGUGGUGUACUGAAAAUGAAAAAUGUGUGUAGGCUGUAUGUAAGCCUAUUAUAAUAACUAUGUAAAUAAUAAUUCCAAAUCAUUAGUUAUGUGAUAGGUUUAAAUCUUCAGCCAAUUAAGAAUCUUUUUGGAGAUUCACCAAGUCAUCAUUCAUUGACGUUGGAUUGUCUAAGUAGCAAUAAAAUUGGAUUGGCAUUGCUUAGCUUAAUUUACAAAUAUACUGUAGAUAUUAAUAUUUUAUUGGUUUUUUUAUAAUGUAUAGGGGCUAACCAGGAUAGGUCUAAUCAAAUCAUGAAGAAAAUCUUGUCUAUUAAUAAAUCUAUGAAUCAUGUUGAUCAGUUAGGCGGUACGUUCAUAUUCUAAUUAUUGAGUUUUUGUCUGUAUAGACUACUGUAGUAUGACUGUAUGGUGACUGUAUGGCACCGUUGAAUUGUGGAUCACUGUGUUGUAGUUUUAAUAUAAUUUCAUUCAGUUUUCUACAAUAAACCACAUUUAGUUACUAGUAGAAAAAUCAAGCUUACUCUAAGAUAAAUAAAAAAAACGUGGUCCAUUACACAUACCGUAGUUAUUAGUUUAUUGUAACAUUGAGGGACAUCCAAUAGAUUACUAAGGGGCCAUCCAUAUAUUUCAUCACACAUCUAGGAAAGGGGAGGGGGGGGGGUCAAGAAUUUUUGACAAGGGUGUCUGGUUUUCAAUUACAAAUUUGUGUGUAUGUGUGUGUGUCGGGGGGGGGGGGGUUUGUUAACGCUUUUUUUGAAUUUUUAAAAAUUUCCUUUGGAAAGUUUUUUUUGGGGGGGGGGGGAUUGUUAACGCUUAUUUUGACAUUUUAAAAAUUUCACUUUGAAAGAUUUUUUUGUUUGAAUUUGGAUAAUGAGUCUGAGAAACUAGUUUAAUUUAUAAUUUAUAGGCAUAAAGAUAGGCAAAGUUUGAUUUAUGGGCUGCAUGGUGUCAGUCUUUAUGGUUUACAAUUUGUGAUCUUAUCUGUUGGAAUAACAAGUUUGAAUAGUUUGUUAAAAUAACACCCUUGAAUAGUUUGUUGAAAUAAUAAGUUUGAAUAGUUUGUUAAAAUAACAAGUUUACAUUUUUUUACAAUAAAUGGAAAAUGUUGAUGAAAUAAUUACAGACCUACAAUAUAAGAUAUGAAUUGUACAGGGUACAACAGAAAUUUAGAUGAGACUGACCAUUGUUACAGGUAGGGGUGUGCCGGAAUCCGGUCCGGAAUCCGGUUCCGCCGGAUUUUGCACUAUCCGGUGAAAUCCGGUUCCGCCGGAUUUACAUGUAUCCGGAACAUCCGGAAUAUACCGGAUUUUGCCAGAUUUUGUGACUCACCGGAUCAUAAUCUGAAAUAAAAGUAAUUCUCUUUCCCGAAUUCCACACGAUCACGAUACAUUAAUCGAUUGUUUCGAGCGUUGAGCUUGUUUAAUGUUUAAUAUUCCGAACAUACCAGAGGCUAGAGUCAGCACCGCUAAUAGUGGCCAAUAGUCAAUAGUACCGGAAUCCGGGAGAAACCGGAACCUGGAUUACUCCGGAAUCCGGAUCCGGCGGAUUUCGCAUAAGAAAAUCCGGAUCCGGUUGGAAAAAACGGAUCCGGCACACCCCUAGUUACAGGGUACAACAGACAUUUAGAGGAGUCUUACCAUUGUUCAUGGUUUUAUUGAGAGGUUUGAUAAUGAAUUGUGCAUUCUUUAAUGCACAAGUUUUCAACCAUUUUUAAAAUAUGGCAACACACUAAAGUUGUUUACUAAAUGGUACACACAAAAUCUUACACAAUAGUAAGAAAAAUAUUGACAACUGAGCAAAUUAGCAUUAUUAAACUAGACUAGACUAGAUGGGUUUUAUAACAAGCGAAAUAUUGCCUCAAAUGACCGACCCUCUGUUAACAUUUGUAGGUUAAAUGCAACCCCCCCCCCUCAAACCAAAGUACAAUAAAUAAAUUUACACCAUGUUCCAUAAAUUUAAAUAUCAAUAGCUUGCAAGACACAUGUUAAGAUUGCAUGAUAGAGCACAGUGUUGCAACAUUACAUGAUGGUGGAAAACCACUGACCUAUUAUAAUUGGUUUCGAAAGAUAAGUAAUUGCAAUAAUUUAUAAACAUCUUUUCUGUUUGGCUUUUGUAAUUCAUAAAUGAUAUUUGCUUUUUGGAAUUCAUAAAUGAUGUUUGCUUUUUGGAAUUCAUAAAUGAUGUUUGCUUUUUGGAAUUUAUAAAUGAUGUUUACUGAUCUCACUACUGUCUCCUUCAACUGUGCAAAAAGUAAACAAACACUUGUCCUAUCCACCAUCCAAACUAUUCAGUCUGACACUUGACAUCUUACCCAAAGGUUCAUCCGUCACAGCAUUAAUGAGGUGGUGAGAAUAAUAAAGAUUAAACUCUUAGGGUUCAUUAAGUUAUGACAUAUAUUUUUGUAAGUUACUUUUUUUUUGUUGCAUAUACCUCCUAGCAAUGAAUAUCUGGACUCUUCUCCUCCUGUAACUUCUGCACUGAUUAAGAUACCCAAGUAUUGGUUUAUUUUACCCGCAAUUCUGUCCAUUCAAAACUUUUAAAAAUAAAUAAUAUUAUAUUUUCUUAAUUUUGUUCACAGAUUCUUUUCAUGGUCAGUUUUGUUGAGCAAAUAAAUCCAUUUUUGUCAAAGCUCAUUGUUGAAAGUUAUCUGAAGACACUCAUAAAAAUCAUUUGUUAAUUCAACCUAUUUAAGAAUGGAUCCAGGAGAUACCAUUUCCUCAAUAAGGCCCUCAAAAAAAAGGUCAUUGAAACGAGACGACAGUGAUGAGAUUUCAAGAGAGGAUGACAGAAUUACAAAUGAAGAAUUUUUAAAGAGUGAUUUAAAUCAUGACUCUAGGAAAAUAUCAACAGCGCCUAGGAAAAAGCCCAGACAGUGGUCCUACAGAGAACCUGAAAAUCUUCCAUCAUUCGAUCCGGAAGGUCUCAAGUCACUAUUCGAAACACAACCACAGCAAGACUCCCAACCGUCUGGGUUAGACAGCUGGUCUUUGCCAAUCAAUAUUGUUUCCUCUGGGAGCUCAUCUUCAACUGUUGGUGACAAUUUAGAAAGUUUAGGGGAAAUAAUUCAAAAAUACUCAUAUGCGACCCUGGACUCUAUGAAAGACUUUGGUUUACCAACUGAGGAUACUGGGGGCUCUGCUAACACCAUUUCACAGUCAGCUGGUGGGAGCACUGGUUCUAUGGUGAACACAACUGGAAGUAAAAGAAGCCAAAUUUAUGCACAGCAGAUUGGUAGCACUGACACCAUCUCGUCUGUUCAGUCUGGAACUCAAUGUUCCGAAGCAUUUAAUAAGCAUGAAGAAGGUGAGCCAGACAGCUACGAACUGGUCCUUUCAAACUCACAAGAAGACCAUGAGAAGGGGGCAUUUGAAAAAAGAAGUGAUUAUAAAAGAAACUGUGACAGAUUCAGCUUUUCUGGCAUGAAUAACCAAGAUCCAAGACUAGUGGAAUAUAAUAGCUGUGAAGUGAAUCCUGGACACGGGGGCUUUUAUGUCCCACAAACUUUACAGGUAAUUAUUAUUAUGUUUAGGAUCUUGACUCCAUUUGGUCUUUAGAAAAUUUAUGUAAAAAUUUGAAAAUAAUUUUUAUUGCAAGAUAUUGUAAUAUUUUUUUUAUAGUUGCUAUAUUUUACUUAUCUAAAAAUGGUUCAUUUUAACCAUGGAUCAUGUAAUGUUUGCACCCACAAGGAUUUACUUCCACAUCAUACGGUUUUUAAGAUUAAAAUAUUUCAAAGUGUAAUUAAUAUUCAUAAACAUUUUAACAACAAAAUAAUUUACAUAUAAACUCAUAAAUGUAUCCUUAAGAUGUUAUUUUUUUUACACUAACCCACAUUUAUACAUUGUUUUUAAAGGUGAAAAAUUUGCCUAGAGAAAUCCAGAAUGAAGACAGCCUUACAUUUUUCAACUGCAUAUCACAAUUAGUUGUGCAAAUUACCGUCACCUACACAAGUGCAGCCCGAGGCCCUAAAGAUGAAUACAGUGAAUUUAUCAAUACGAAUAAAACCAGAUAUGGCUCUGGUUUUGUUGGCGCUGUAGAUGAACAAAUAAUGAAAUUAAGAUGUAAAAGAGACAAUUGCUUCUUUGCCUCUGAACACCUGGACUCAAGCACAAUGAGCAGCCCGAACACAUCUUUCGACAGAAGCUCAUCGUUUGAUAUGAAUGCAAACCUAAGUUCCCCGAACACAAACAGCCCUGAUAAACCAAAUACUAUUCAGAAACAUUUCUUCUACGGAGGUGUCACGGUACACACAAGCAGACACGUAAUAUUUGACAAGUCUGAAGCCGACAACGCAUUUGUGAAAUUUUUCUUUGUCGGGCCCGAUGGUCAGGGUGUUGUGAAUGGACAUGUGGCUGCCAUUGUGGGAGUCAACAGCUCUCAAGAUCACAUGACCCUCCAUGUGAUGUCACAUGACAAAAAUGUGUUCAACGUGUUACCCGUGGUGUUGGCAAAUGCAAAGUCGAGCUACAAAGAGAUGCUCAGGAGCACCAUCAGAGCCCAGCAUGCUCACGGCCUGGUGAACAAGGAGAGCUGGGUGGCUCUGAUCUCACAUCCCCAUGGCAUGCCUAAAAGAAUCACACUCGGCCGCGUGAGGAAAGAAAUUGAGGACAGUGAUGGAAUCAAGGUCAAGAAAUACUAUGAUGCGCCGGCAUGCAAUGGGAGCUCUGGCGGUCUGGUCAUGACACCAUCAUUACUGAAACUUCAGUGGCCGGGGGCAGUUCACAGUUCAUGUGACAUCAACACAGGCUUCAAUGUUACGCUGGACUCCAGGUCGCGGGACUUGGAUUUUGUUGACAUUGGCAGAAUCAACAAAAAUUUGAUUAAAAAGUAACCACAGCAUCUUUGCCAGCACACUGGUGUCUUUGCCAGCACAUAGCUCACAUCUGUAUCAAAUAUUCAUUAAAUGACAUCAUUUUAUUUAUGAGUGUGCUGUAUAGAGUAGGGAAAUAAAAAGAACAACAAUAACAUAUCAAACUAUUUAAAAAAAAAUUAAUUAAAAUCUCAUAGAAAAAAAAAUUAAUUGUAAAAAAAACUUUAUUAAAAAAUUACUAGAGGUACAAGCAACUAGACAAUAUAAAGCUGUUUAGCUAAUUAUUUUUAAAAAAAUUAAAUAGUUUUAAAUAGGACCAAUAGUAAAAAUAAUACACUUAUGGUUAAGAUGCUACUAGUGACUAUAAGGAGUUGACACACAGAUACCAAGAUCUUUGUUUGCUGGUAUUCAAUAUUACUCAACUCAAGGAGUUAGUUUUAUAUCUGCACCAAAUUUCUCCUUUGAUUUUGUUAGCUACCUUGUAUUUGUUAUUUUUGAGCAAGAGAAUUGUGAGUCAGAACUCGUUAUCCUCCUGUGAGCAAAUGGUAAAAAAAAAAAAGAAAGUGUUCUACAUUUUUUCAAGGUGUUAAUUUUAUUUCAAACUUAUUUAUAUAACUUUUGACAAUUUGGCCAAAAUGCUGUAGUCUAAAUUAAAUAGAACCAGAAUGCACAAUGAAUGUGCUCCACUUUUAGUUUUAACAACCUUCUUACAGAUGUUUAGAUUAUGGUAAACUCUUCAAUACUCUUAUGUUUUGGUGUCCCCUUUCCCCACUUGUCUUCAUUUUUUGUGUGUGUUUUGUUGAAGAAUGAACCUUUCAUUAUUUUUCCUAUAGACUUUUUUCUGUAUUGAAAAUAAAUAAAAAUGAUUCAGCUCCUCGCAGGAGUCCCUCUACUUUUCAAAACAAAAAAUAAAUUGCAUUGAAGACUUAUCUACAUUACCCUAAAGUUAUUGAAUAACCAUGACCUUCUACUACUACUACUAAUAAUUUUUUUUUUUUUAAAUUUUAGUCUCAGGUGUUUAAUAAUUUAUUUAAAAUGCACAAACUGAUUAUGUAAUUAUUUAUAUGUGUUUAAAAUGUAAAUAAGUGUUUAAAAUGUAAAAAAUGUAUUUAAAAAAUAAAUAUCUAUAACUUAUAAAAGGACACUUCCAUUUUUCAUUACCUCACAAAAGGUUUUAGAUUCCCAAAGGGUAUAGUCUCACAACAGGCAACAAAGCUUUCUUUUUAAAAUAUGUCAAUUUUUCCAGUCUUCAUUUGUUAGCUUAUAAUAUAUUUCAAUGUGUUUCUGACAUGUGGGGUAAAGAAAAUAGCAUUUUAAAUGUAAAUAAAUACU